UGAUUUUUUUAUUUUUGUUUGCUGGGGUUUUUGUGGAUGAUUGAGAAGCAGCAAGCUGCUUGAGUUUUAGCUUAAUCUAUAUGAUUGUUUGGUAUCCUUGACUAGUUGAUAUAUGAAAAGUUUUUCCUUUUUUGGUUGGGCAAUGUGGAGAUAGAGAUUUUGGGUGAGUUUUUAUGGGAAAAUCUGGGUUUAAAAUUAAGAAAAACUGAGCUUUGAUUAUGAUGGGAUUAUGUGUGUGGUGCUCAUUUAGGUUGCUAGAAGCUUACAGAAAAAGAGAACUCUCACCGGUUAAUUCAACUUCAUAUCCAUUUCUGUGGUUUUCUAGCAACCAAAUUUACUUCGAACCAAGUACAGGGAAGUAGAUUGGAUAAUUAUAGUACAAUACUGUUUCUAACAAUCAAAUUUCGGAUUGGCAACGAAUAUUUUGUUACACUUAAGGGCUUUCUUUUAUUGUUUUCUGGGCAGUUUUCUUACUUUGAAUGGUUCCCCAGAGUUGUAAUUGUCAGAUAGGUAUUUUUGUAGAGCCAGAUAGAGCGGAAGCUUUGUGCUCUUGGCUAAUCUGACUUGAAUCUGAAAGCUCAAUGGAUCAUAACUAUCAACGCAGGCAGCAUCCGACUUACAUAGCUGACAAUUUCAACUCAUUGGAUCAGGUUAUUUCUGCCCUGAGAGAGGCUGGUCUUGAAUCAUCUAAUUUAAUACUUGGUAUUGAUUUUACCAAGAGUAAUGAGUGGACAGGCAGGCAUUCAUUUCAUCGAAAAAGCCUUCAUGCAAUUGGUAGCACACUGAAUCCGUAUGAACAAGCAAUCUCUAUUAUUGGCCGGACUCUGUCUCCUUUUGAUGAAGAUAAUUUGAUACCUUGUUUUGGAUUUGGUGAUGCAUCAACACAUGAUAAGUAUGUAUUCAGCUUUUAUCCUGAUAAUCGACCUUGUAAUGGUCUUGAGGAAGCUCUUGCACGAUACAGAGAGAUUGUUCCACACUUAAAGUUGUCAGGCCCAACUUCAUUUGCUGCAAUUAUUGAUGCGGCAAUUGACAUUGUGGAGAAAAGUGGUCAGUACCAUGUUCUUGUUAUUGUUGCAGAUGGACAGGUUACCAGGACUCCUGAUACUCCUCCUGGACGGUUGAGUCCUCAAGAACAAGCAACAGUAAACUCCAUAGUUGCUGCUAGCAAGCAUCCUCUCUCAAUUAUUUUUGUUGGAGUUGGGGAUGGACCAUGGGAUGCAAUGCAACAAUUCGAUGAUAACAUUCCUCAGCGUGAAUUUGACAACUUUCAGUUUGUGAACUUCACUAAAAUAAUGUUAGACAACACCGAAGCAUCAAAGAAGGAAACAGCCUUUGCACUUGCUGCCCUCAUGGAAAUUCCACUUCAGUACAGAGCCGCUCAAAGACUUCAGCAUAAAGAUCAUGAUUUAGUUGGUGGUCCACGCACAAGGCCACUCCCACCUCCUCGUGAAGUGAUUGAUCAUGAUAAUGCUGUCAAAUCAAUUCCACACAUUACAAACUUUGAAACAGUUCAACCAUCUACUUCAGUCGAACCGGUCUGCCCUAUUUGCUUGACUAACCCAAAAGACAUGGCUUUUGGAUGCGGUCAUCUGACUUGCAGGGAUUGUGGAGCAAGCCUUUCAACUUGCCCUAUAUGUCGGCAGCCCAUAACAACACGCCUGAAACUGUUUACCUGAACCAAAUAAUACCUCCUGCACGUUGUUUGCUUGCUUUGGAGAGAACUGCGAAGCUCGAUCCACAGGGAGGAAUUAUUAGUGAAACGGCAUUUUGUGUGUAAAUUGUUAUUCAAAAUGGCCCUUGACAUAAAAACUGGUGCUAAGUUAUACGCUAGUGGGAUCUUUUUUAUUGUUUUUUUAACAGCAUUUCUCUUGAUCAAUUCGUUAUGAUACA